GCGGAUUUGGGAUGCUGUAACAUCCUCGGGACAUUCGUCAUCGUGGUAAUCGUUUCAAGUGUGUGUAUGUGUGUGCUUUUUGUGUGAACUACGGCGGAGAGGCUAGUGUGAAAGAUGUGCGGAGAUAAACACGCAAUGCAAAACUACCAGGACCAGCAUCAGCACGUGCAAUAGUAGCACCCAGCGUGGGACGGAAGCGUGGUCUGCGAGUGACACUCAUCCCGGUGAGACGCAAAUCGAACAAAGACAGCUUGACAGUGUACUCACCCGACAAGCGCAAGGGACGUGGACGUGUGUGAUCGUAAAUUUUUUACUAUCGGGUAAGGCUGCCGUCCUGCACCACGACACCAGUGCCAGAAUGCUGACGCCAGUGUCCGGACUCGUCAGCUUGGUGGGCGCUGUAACGGUGGCUACUGCAGCCUCGACGGCCCCAGCCGCAAUGGCGUCGCUCGCACACGAUCACACCGAGCUUCCGCUGAUGGGGACCGACCAUCCACCAAACUCUCUGACGCCAGGCCGAGGCCUUUUCGCAUCGAACGCAACGAAUCUCACACUGACGCUCGAAGAGCUGCUGUUGUUUGGACGCCCGAACAGCUCGACGGUGGCUCCACCGAGUGCGGACAACGAUAUUAUCUUCUCGAACAAGCUUGUGCAGAUCGUGUUCUGUGUGCUUUACUCGAGUAUCUUUGUGCUCGGAGUGUUCGGUAAUGUGCUGGUGUGCUACGUCGUGUUUCGCAACAAAGCCAUGCAAACGGUUACGAACCUGUUCAUUACGAAUCUUGCCCUUUCGGAUAUACUGUUAUGUGUGUUGGCCGUACCAUUCACUCCGUCCUAUACGUUCAUGAGACGAUGGGUGUUUGGGAAGUUAUUGUGUCAUACUGUGCCCUUGGCGCAAGGUUGUAGUGUGUACAUAUCGACCUUAACACUAACGUCGAUCGCGAUCGAUCGGUUCUUCGUGAUCAUCUACCCGUUCCAUCCACGCAUGAAGCUAUCCACCUGCAUUACCAUCAUCGUGCUGAUAUGGUCGUUCGCGAUAAUGGUGACGAUGCCGUACGGUCUCUACAUGAAGCUGCACGGCGUGGCGUCCAACGGGACCGAUGGCGCAUCGCCAGCACUUUCCAGCGCAAUGUACUGUGAGGAGUUGUGGCCAUCCGAGGAAAUGCGUAAAACAUUCUCGAUCGUCACGUCGAUACUACAGUUUGUGCUACCGUUCAUCAUAAUGGCAUUUUGCUAUAUUUGCGUGUCCAUAAGGCUGAAUGAUCGGGCACGCACCAAACCUGGCAGUAAGACUUCCCGCCGCGAAGAGGCCGACCGCGAUCGCAAGAAGCGCACGAACCGAAUGCUUAUUUCGAUGGUGGCCAUCUUCGGCAUUUCCUGGCUACCGUUGAAUGUAGUCAACAUGUGUAACGACUUCAAUUCGGACAUAAACAGUUGGCGGUUCUACAAUCUGAUCUUCUUCAUCGCGCAUCUAACGGCCAUGUCCUCUACGUGCUACAAUCCGUUUCUAUACGCCUGGCUGAAUGAUAAUUUCCGCAAGGAGUUUAAACAGGUGCUACCCUGUUUCGAUCCGUCCCGUGGUCGAGCGGGGACUGUCGGAGGCAAUCGGGGAGCUGGCGGAGGCUGGCGUUCCGAGCGAACAUGCAACGGCAACAACGACACCGUACAGGAAACGCUAAUACCUAGCUCGCAAAUACUGCCCUGCAGCCGCAGCUCACAGCCACAGCAACAGGCGCAACAUUUGAGUUCAUCCUCGAGCCAGGGCCAAAGCAAUCAACCGACCGUUGAUUCGAUUCUUCUGUCGGAGGUUGUACCGCCUCUUUCGCUUCCACCACCGCUCUCAAACAACAUGCUGCCGAGUGUACAGAGCGCGGAAACCGUUAUCCUUCCAUCGGGCGUACUGGAAACUCCGUUCGAUGUACAGCUUAUACCCACCGUAGGUACGCCGGUCAGUAACGGAACGUCGGAAGGUACGAAUCUCGCCACAGCUGCGGGUGUCCGCAAUGGAUUAAACCAUGCGUGUACGAACCCGAAGCUAUCGUCACUGAUCCUCAUCAAUGAUGGAACAACGGCAGACUCAAAAGUGCCCGCUAUACUUUAAGAAGUUGUGCCAAUGAUGCUGU